AUGGUCGGCGUCUCUCGAGGAGAUGCACAGAGAGGACUAGAGCCGAUCCGGCCCCGCCAGCAUCGCCUCCUCCCAUUACCCCACCACCCCGCAGCGUCAAAUGGUGUUUGCGCCGGCACUGAUCGUUCGCAGCUUCUUCCAUCACGGUGUUCUGCACGGCCCCCUACAGCUGCCGGCGCACUGUUGACUCAUCGCCGCGAGAGCGACGUUUCAGUGGUGAGACCAGUGGGAUGGGGAAAUGCUGUAGCCUGUGUAGGCGCUGAACUGCGUCAUACAGGUAUGAAACCUCUGCUGCCCUGCCGACCGCCUGCACCGCUCGCCAGUUCCUCCAGCGCGGAGACACGUUCGUCCGAAUCUGUUCCAGGCAGUGCGAAUGCUGCUGCCACCGUGGCUACGCUCAACUUUGGAGCAGCAUUGAAUGAGCAGCCACCAGUAACUACUGAACGUAUUCCGUCACUGUCACCACAGCUGUCACUUCCAUACCCACACUCUGGGGCUACUCCAGGGGUGGCGGCGUCUUGUCAGCCGCAUCCCCCUUCCUCGCCAACAUCGUCAUCGCCAGCGUGCAAACCGCGAUGCUGUGCACCGGCAGCAUCUUUAGCCGCUAUUUCGGCUUCCAGCUCUCCCUCGCCAAUAGAAGACGGUGUACUCGGUCGAUAUCGCGCGACCGCCACGCAGUUUAUCAAAGCUAUAGAGCGGCUGAAUCGCAUGACUACGACGAUGUGCAAUGCGGAUGCCACCUUAAUUUUCGCCCUGACCGAAGAGAGGACAGGGAGCGGCAAAGCUGGCGCUCGAAAGAUGGCGCGUGUACCUUUGCUGCCCCUGACACUCUGCACAGGCGGGUCCACCGUACUACUUGUUGAUCCCAAUGGCACAGAACGUCACGGCAACUACUUGCAAGCCGUUGACGAGUUUCAUCAGUACUUGUCACCAUUCACAAGCACCGCCUCGAGCCGGAACGCCGCGGCGCCUUCUGUAUCAUCACACCCGCCAUCAAACGUGCUGUGGUGGACCUUGACUGACCUGCAGCGAGAGCCAUCUGCGGUACCAUUCACCACGGCACGUGCAGCCCUCUCCGUGGAGCACCUUAUCGACAGCCAAGAUGGCGUGAAUAGAAGGCAGCGCUUCCCUCAACCAAGUCUCAUGCACGCGGCAGGAGACGAGACUUCUUCAACCAAAUACCCUGCGAAGGUGGCGGCGAUGUUGGCCGCCAUUCAGCCGAGUCGGUUAACCCUUCGCUACGGGGAGCCGCUCGUGCUAGUCUUCGCCAGCCCCGGCGCACAAGUUGGAGACGAAGCACAGCGGCACCGCAUCAUGGACGGCAGGGUUGGGGUGGAAGUGGCCGCGGAUGUGCCUCCGUGGUUCACUGCAAGUGAGGCUACUAGCCCGCAAGAAGACCUCAAGCGAAACGGCUUUCCCCAUCUCGGCUACAACCUCCUCCGCGACAUUUACGACGGCUAUCUGCCAUCAUUUCUCGAGCACCUCUACCCAAAUGGGGGCGUGCAGCUACGUGGGUGUUGGUGUGAUGUACCUGCCAGCGCCGUGGACGCAUCGACGGCACAGUCCGUGAAGUUAUUCUCCCAGCAGCAGCUGUCGUUGCACCCAACGGUAUCGCCGAUGGGUGUUGGUGGUGGAGCUGCGCAGCGUUCCUCGCCUGGUCUUCUCAAGCCACGGUGCACGCAGCAGCUACUUGUCACCAUGGCACCGAUGCCACUCCUCGGUUGGUCACCCCAAUCUACCGGUGCCGCGCCCCACGGGCACAGAGGCGCCGCCACCGCCGCUGACGAUAUUGAAACAAUCAUGCAGUCCUUGCGACCCACCUCCUUGCGCCCGCCGUGGCGCUCGCAAGCUGCGUUCACUGCGACUCACCGUGAUGCAAACACGCGCAAGCUGACAACGGCGGCGCCAGAUGCUGUCUUGCAGCUCCCACCUGCUGUGCUGUGCUUCUUGGCACACCACGAUGACAAGGUGUGCGCAGUUUCGGCAAAAACCUCAAGUGGCCCUCGCCUCUGCUUGUCGCCGUCACCACCGCCCCCUUCCGAACAUACGGCAACGGGGGCAGCACCGUCCCCGCGACUUACCCAGCGCCGUGUGGAACGUCAUGGCAAACCAGAUGUGUGCGUCACUGACUUUGGGCCCGAUGGGCCCAUCCUUGCCAUCAAUGACUUCGACUCAUCCCGUGUGCACUCCGACGGGGACCCUCGUGGCAUCCGUGGUAGUAAUCUUCGAGGCCCGCAGCUGCAGCGGCAAUGGCAAGCUCGGAGCGGUUUCGAUUUAGUCUACGUCGGUGCACUGCUUCACGCACCAUCUCAGCCACCACCGAUGGGCAUGGCUGUAAAGACGUCAGUCAUGUGUAAAUCCGUUGUGGUGCUCACGCCAGCUGGACGUGUCGAGCUGGUGGUGCCUGCAACAUCCCACGCUGCUGCCGGGCUCAUCACAAUCGCCGAUGUACAGCAGAGUCUCUUGCGCAGCCCUGUCGGCCGCUUAUUGCUCCUUCGCGACGAAGAAGUCGUCUUCACCUACGCCCCAGGCACACCGCAUCUCCUCGAAACGGCGGUGGUGGACGCGGCACACGCGGUACUGCGGCUGCGACGGCGCGCGUUAUGCUCACACCUCGAGUUCGCGAAGCAGCAGAUGCAAGGAGAGAGGAGAGAGGGGGCUGUGGACGAGAAAGUGGGAAGACACUGA